AUGACCAAUUCUCCCUCUUCGAGAAAGAGCCAAUUGCUGUCGAGCCCUGAAAGCGGCCUUAUCUCGAGAUUUCUCUUAGACGGCCGAAAUAAUGAGUUAAACCACCAAAAUGCUCUGGCCGCCGCUCAGGCAGAGCACCAACGCGUGCGAGAAGCGGCUAUCCGAGUUUAUGAGCUCCACGAGCUUCGAGAAGAGCAUCAACGACUUCUAGAGUUGGAGCGCAAGGAGCAGGAAAGAUUAAGAGCGGAGGCGGCAAUAGUCGAAGAAGAAAGAAGGCUUCGAGAACUCAAGGCCAAGACGGUGCCUAAACUUCCUCCCGAACCAGUGCCAGAACCACCCAAGAAGGUAGAGCCGGUGCCAGUCCAACAACCGGCUGCUGCGAAGCCUCAAGAACCUAUCAAGCAGAACCUUUUCCAGACGAAGCAACAGCCGGCGCCAACUGCCACCACCCCCCAGGUGAAUGGCUUUCUGGGAGCGCAAACUAAACCGGCCACGAGCAAUCUUUUUGCAUCACCCACCGCCGCGCCAAAAGUUGAGAAUCGCUUAGCACCAACAAAUCUGACGACUCCUGCUGUCCAACCACCCGCCGCACAGAUUCCGAUGGCUCGCCCUUCUCCGGCGCAGAAAAAUGCCGUAGCAGACCGAUAUGUCGAAAUUCACAAAGAGCUAAAGAAGCUGCGACAGGUGCUGCAGGCCGAAGCAAAGGUGCCUGGGUCUCCUCUGAAGGGCAAGAUGGGAACCUAUCGAAGAGAAAUUCGAGUUUCCAUCGGACAGCUUACAGCGGGUAAAGGAGCCAACGCACAACCUAUUGCCAAAAUCACAAUGGCACUGACAGAUGCACUCACUGGUAAAGUGCCUAGCGCUCCUAUUGAAGUGAGCCGGUUUACCGUGAAUCAUAGAGAGCCGGCUGCAGGCGCUGCAAACAACGACGCGACCCUGCCUUCUCUCUUCAUCUACCUAUUGAACAUUUGCGCCAAGGGCAUCAUUAAUCAGUUCAUCAAUGAGUGCAGUGCAAAUCCCAAAGCGGCAGAUCCAAUCGGCGUCUUCACGGCCCAUAUAUUUUCUCAGAAGGAAUUUUUAUGGCGCGGUGAAUCUCUGAUUGACAUCCUCAUGGCCAAGUUCCGAGUCGUGUGCCCGGUCUUGUUCGGCUUGAAAGGAAGCGAUAAAACCGAGAGGGGGAGACAGGCCAUAGGAUGGAAAAAAGAUGGUCCCGGGUACAUUACAGAGCAGACUCACAACGAUAGGAUGACUGGUCUGGUCAAUUACUGGAAGGCGCUGGCCGGCAUUGUCAACACGGCUCCCAAUGAGACUUCGAACACCCAAUACGUGGUCUUGAGAGCCAUGAUCGAAGGUCACGAGCAGCGGUUUCUGACUUUUUACGGCAGCGCCGCCAUUGCUGCGUUGCGCCUCGCGUUGGUCGAGUUCCCCAAGAAAGCGCCAGCGAGCGCAGCCGCAGCGCAAUCAUUACGAGCCAUGGUAGAGCUUCUUCGCACCGAAGGGCUUGUCUUGAGCUAA